CGUACGUACUUGUUGCGCACGGCAGCAGUUCUUUCGAUUCUCGUGUGUCUGAUUUCCGAAACCUGUCAAAAGUGGCCGAAUGUUGAUUAGGGAAAUUCGCGCGCUCUUCUGUCCUGGCUUCCCCGUGCUCGUGUUGGGAGGAGGAGACCACGGCCAUGACAUGACCAGAGCCUGUUAAUGCACCGGAAUUCGUUCAUUCACAUGUGAUGUGAAGGGCUUAAAACAAAGUGACACAGUUGACGACGACAUGGUGCAAGGCUGCAAGGCCAUGCUUGGGUUUUUUGUGUGUCUUGUUUGUGCUGGAUAAGAUAUGGUUGGGAGGACAACACUGGCCGGGUUUAUGGAGUGCUUUCGUAGUAGUAGUAGUAGGGCAACCUCUCUCCCGAGAGUCCCGUAGUGGUCAUACGAAUUAGACCAAAGCGUUCGUAUACAUGCAAUGCAUGGUUCAGAGUCUAAUGCCAACAAAAAAAAAGAAUACGUACUAGCUAGGGCAACACAUUUCUAGUAAUUCGAUUCCGAGACAAAUUUAAAACACGUGGUAUAUAUGACAGUUGAAUAUAUAAACCUUUAACCCACACGACUCGUCGAAGCGAUGACACACAACGGGCUGUAUGCAGCGUCUACCGAUAUAUUUAAUUUGUUGCUUGUUUUAUAUAAAGGCUGUCCUAUGUUGCGACAGAAAGUGCAUCACCAUUCUUCAGAUUCUAGAACCUGGAUUUCUUAAUUCAUUCUAUAUGCACUGUCGUGAAUAUAUAUCUUGAGACAAAGCCAUGCUCAUCAUCAUUAUGUUAACACUCUUUCUAUAUUGUAAACUCUCUUAUGAGUUAUCCUUUUCAUUGUACUAGCUAGUUGCAUGUGUAAUAAGACUGUUGUCUGUUAAUUUUUUUUUUUAAAAAAACGCUACUGGAUUAAUUUGCUCAACGUAACAUAAGAAAACAAAACUUUCACUAGACCUUCAGAUUUUCAUGAGUCCAUAUUGCUGUGCUGCCAUCCAGUAGCCUGCGUCGCAUUAACCGUGCUCCACGAUGUCACGGCUCGAUCACACAAGAGAGAGAGAGAGAGGGAAAAAAACGUGUACCCAUUGCAUUACUCACUCGAACGUCCAUGACACCAUGAUGGAUAGCCCGCCCGACAAAAGAGCUCUAUAUAAACCCCGUAGCCUUUCUCCGUGCCAUCACCUCAUCAUAACUCUCACCCCGGAAGGAACCGUGCUAGCCAAGGCCAAAGAGAAGAAAGCCAGAAGCCAAGAGCUAUAGCCAGCGUGGGCGACCGGCAUUAUCUCCUCCCCCACCUCCCCCCCUGCCGACACGACGCGCCAAGCAGCAGCCUUCGAAGAGGAGGGCAGGUAUGGGGAACAGCCUCCGGUGCUGCCUGGCGUGCAUGCUCCCGUGCGGCGCGCUGGACGUGGUCCGCGUGGUGCACCUCAGCGGGCGCGUCGACGAGCUGGGCUGCCCGCUCACCGCGGCCGACGUGCUCGCGGCGCACCCCAGCCACGCGCUCACGGACGCGUGGUCCGCGGCCGGCGCGGCCCGCAAGGUCGUCGUCCUGGCGCCCGACUCCGAGCUCAAGCGCGGCCGCAUCUACUUCCUCGUGCCCUCCUCCGCGUGCUCCACGCCCGCCGCCGCCGCCGCCGACGAGAGGACGAAGAAGCGCAGGAGCCGCGCCAGCAGCAGGAAGAAGCACGGCCACCGGAAGGGCGGUGGCGCCUCUGUGGCGCCGUCGCUGAUGAGCGCGGCGGAGCAGGACAACUACCUGCGCGAGCUCCUGUCGGAGAAGCGGGAGGCGAGCCUGGUGAGCCACCGGCGGCGGCGGAGCGGCGCCCGCCCCGGCGUCUGGCGCCCGCGGCUGGAGAGCAUAGCUGAGGAGCCGUCAGAGUAGCUCUGGUUCACGAGUUCUUGUCUCUCUGUUUUUUUUUUCUCUUUCGAUCUUCCGAUGUGAAUACUAAGAAUCAGGGGCCGAUGAGGAAGCGUUUUGGGUUCGGUCGAUGGCCUUCCUGUCUCUGUGUAAAGCAUCUCCAGGACUGGCGGGCUGCUUCAGCGCUCUUUGCCUCGGAAGUCGAGUGGAAACUGGAGAGAGAAGCGAUUGUAAGAUCCAAACCAAUCUGUACAAACACAAUUAGUUUUGAGUUCCGCUGGCUUUUUCUUUAUCUGCAACUGCAAGUUGCUUGCCAUUUCAUGGGUCGUUGACUCAUUGUUCUUGUGCACUUGUGCUCUGUAUUCUCUUCCUGAAAGUGCAAGUGCUGGUCUGCUGGAGCCCAGGAGUACCGCACUACUGUUCGCCAUGACGCCGUGGAUCACGACUCGCAGCCAAACUUAAACCCCCCCAUGACAUGCUGUCCUGCACUGGUCUGGCGGAGGCCUCAAACCGUGCAUCGGCUUCUGAACUGCACUGCACUGCGCCGGCGGCGACGUGUCGACUGCAGCAGCGACGGAUCCGAAAUCUGCGACAGGUUUAUGCCGGGCCAGCUGUCAAGAAUCUCUCGCCUUCAGUAUGUCUGACUUUCUGAGCAAAAGAUGGUCGCAACCCAAAAUUUGACAAUUGUGUAGAGCCAAGAUACAUGACCUGAAUACUUUAUCUGUUCAAAAAUGUAUUCCUUGACCUUGCUUGGCGGCGAACA